GUUUCGGUGUGAUGAUUUCAUGGCACAAAUGUUCAGCGCUGCAGAAAGACGAGGGAAGCGUUCCAGCUUUGGCUGAGUCUCCAGAUGCCGAGUAAAGCGGAGGCAGUUUCCAUGGAGACGGAGUUGCUAAGGGAUUAUGGUUUCGGACGGCAACAGCUGACGGAGAUUCUGGGACACGCGUGUGCGAACGCCAUCGCAAAGGCCUUCCCGCUCUCGUCUCUGGAGAAACGCCAGGCCACGGUUCUGGUGAUCUGUGGACCGGACCAGAACGGGUGUGUGGGACUCGCGUGUGCUCGACAUCUCCAUGUGUUCGACUACAUUCCCACUGUGUUCUGUCCCAAACGCUCCUCGGACCGCCUCCAUCAGGACCUGACGGUGCAGUGCGAGCGGAUGGACCUGCCCUUCCUCUCCUACCUGCCCAACGAGCAGCAGCUCCUCAGCGAGGCGUAUAACCUGGUGGUGGACGCGGUUCUGGGUCCCGAAACGGACCUGGCGUCGGUGGGCGAGCCCGUGGCCGCAGUUCUGCAGACUCUACGAGGACUCCGCGUCCCGAUCGCCAGCCUGGACAUCCCGUCAGGCUGGGAUGCGGAUGACGCUCGUCCUGACGGCAUCAGUCCUGCGCUCCUGGUCUCCCUGAUGAUCCCCAAGCGAUGCGCUCGGAGUUUCCCCGGAUCGCACUUCCUGGCGGGACGCUUUCUGCCUUACGACCUCCAGAGGAAGUACGAGCUGAACCUGCCCCGCUUCACUGGGACCGAGCCGGUGGUGGAGCUGUGAUCUCGUGUGUGUGUGUGUGUGUGGGUCGAGCG